AUGAUUGCCAAGGUGGACACAGCCACAAACAGAAACCUUUUAUCAAAAGUUCCACCCAUAAUUCAGCAUGGACAACAGAUCUUCAGUACUAUAGAAGAUGUCCCAGUUACGUUGCCUUGCAAAGCCAGUGGAGUUCCUAGGCCAUCCAUCGUAUGGUCCAAGUCUUUUCCUCCAAAGAUACAACCUGGGCCUCGAGUGAUUAAAGCAAAGGUUGGUAAUAGAAUUGAUAUACAUUGCAGUGCUCAAGGAAUCCCAUCUCCAAGAAUUACUUGGCUUAAAGAUCAACAACCCCUUUUGAUAGACAACAAACAAUAUGCUUCUUCUCUGGAUGGAACACUGAGUAUCAUCAAAGUUGUGCUUUCAGAUGCUGGAAUCUAUAAAUGUGUGGCAAGUAAUAUUGCUGGUCAUGAUGAAGCUGAGAUAAUGAUCCAAGUUCAAGAACCUCCAACAGUUGGAGCACGUGGUCCACCAUACAACUCUCCAUUUCAAGAAAGAGUAGCAAAAGAACAAAUUGCCUUCCCAUGUCCCGUCAAAGUUCCACCUAUAAUUAAAGGAGAAAACAUUACCACGGAGGUGUCAGCAUUGCAACAUACCAGCUUGAAGCUGGAGUGUGAAGCAAGAGGAAUUCCAGUUCCUACAAUAACAUGGUAUAAAGAUGGAAGCCCAAUUAUUUCUGGACCCCAAGCUCUUUAUUUGGAACAUGGACAAUUUCUUCAGAUCCCUCAUGCUCAAGUCUCUGAUUCGGCUCAAUACACCUGCCAGGCAACCAAUGAAGCUGGAAUGGCUGAAAAAAUAUUCCAAGUGGAUGUCUAUGUACCGCCAGUUAUUGAAGGUGUCAGUGAAACCCUUCAAAACAAGCAAGUUGUUGUUGGAAGUUCACUUAUAUUGGAAUGUAAUGCAGCCGGCAAACCCCCUCCCCUGUUAACCUGGCUGAAGGAUGGAGUUCCUGUUACAGCAAGUGACAAUCUCCAUGUUGUGUUUGGUGGGAAGAAGCUGGAGAUCCUGAAUGCUGCCGUGGCUGACCAUGGCCAAUAUGUGUGUGUAGCUACCAGCAUAGCUGGGGAACAGGAGAUCAAGUACGAUGUGGAAAUCCUCGGUGAGUGGUUCAAAAACGGCCAACCUAUUGAAGGAGGAGUUGGAUAUAAAUUUUUGCUCAAUGGACGCAAGUUUUUCAUCUCUAGGGCUGAAAUAUCUGAUGCAGGCCACUAUCAAUGUAUAGCGACCAACAAGGCGGGAGAAAUCAAGAAAGAAUUUGAUGUGAUUGUGCAUGUUGUCACAUGGUACAAAGAUAACCUUCCUCUCAUCAAUAUUGCUGGCAUCACUUUCUUGAACAGAGGGCAAGUUGCCCAGAUAGAUGCAGCCCAGAUCUCUGACACUGGGAUUUAUAAAUGUGCGGUGACGAAUGCAGCAGGAGUAGCUGAAUUAUUCUACAAUCUUCAGGUCCAUGUUCCUCCCUCCAUUUCAGGGAGUAAUGAAAUGGUAACUGUUGUAGUUAAUAAUCAGGUGAGGUUGGAAUGUGAAGCCCGUGGAAUUCCUGUUCCUAUUCUAACCUGGUUGAAGGAUGGCAGUCCUGUUUCUAGUGUUUUGAGUGGACUCCAGAUUCGUUCUGGAGGUCGCAUCCUAGCACUCACGAGCGCUCAGAUUAGUGAUACUGGAAAAUACACAUGUGUUGCAGUAAAUGCAGCAGGAGAAAAACAGAGGAAUAUUGAUGUCAGAGUUUUUGUUCCACCUAAUAUUAUGGGAGAGGAACAGAAUGUCUCUGUGGCCAUGGGAGAACAUUUGGAACUCCGCUGCCAAAGUGACGCUAUCCCUCCGCCGACACUUCAGUGGCUGAAGGAUGGCCAGCUCCUGCAGAAGAAACUGGGUCUCACCAUUACUGAAGGCGGAAGUGUCCUGAAGAUUGAACAAGCACAGGUGCAAGAUACUGGACGUUAUACUUGCGAAGCAACAAACAUUGCUGGGAAAAUGGAAAAAAACUACAAUGUCAACAUAUGGGUGCCAUCAAGCAUUUACAGUUCAGAGACAGUGACUCAGCUGACUGUGAUCGAAGGGAACCUCAUCAGCAUGAUGUGUGAAUCCAGUGGAAUCCCACCACCCAUUCUUGCAUGGAGGAAGAAUGGUGGCAGGAUGUUACGUCUGAUGCAGGUGAAAAUGGAAGAUGCGGGUCAUUAUAUCUGUGUAGUAACUAACAUUGCAGGAGAAGUCCGGAAAAACUUUGAACUUUCAGUUUUAGUGCCUCCAAGCAUUGUAGGAGAAAAUAAACUGGAAGAUAUAAAAGUUAAAGAAGGACAUAGUAUUAUGCUGACAUGUGAAGUCACAGGUGGUCGAACUUUACAGAUUCUGAAUGCCCAGGAGGACAAUACUGGUAGAUAUACUUGUAUAGCUACAAAUGAAGCAGGGGAAACAUUAAAACAUUAUGAGGUGAAAGUUUAUAGUAAGUUUUAA